UUAAUAUUUUGAUUUUAUUUGGUCUUGAUUCAGAAAUCGAAGAAAAAGGGAUCUUAUAAUGGCUAACGAAGGGUCGAAUGGAGGGAGCCACGUCACCACCAAGCCGCCUCCCGAGCCUUCACCGUUGAGGCGAGCGAAAUUUUUUCAGGCAAACAUGAGAAUUCUUGUUACUGGUGGAGCUGGAUUCAUCGGCUCUCACUUGGUCGACAAGCUGAUGGAAAACGAGAAAAAUGAAGUGAUUGUAGCGGAUAACUACUUUACUGGCUCGAAAGAGAACCUAAAGCAGUGGAUUGGUCAUCCACGAUUCGAACUUAUUCGACAUGAUGUGACAGAGCCUUUAUUAGUUGAAGUCGAUCGGAUAUACCAUCUUGCUUGUCCUGCUUCCCCACUCUCAUUCGCUUGCUUCCUUGAAUGCGUCACUAUAUGCAGAGACGAGCCUUUGACAGUUCAGUUGCCUGGAACACAAACAAGGAGCUUUUGUUACGUUUCUGAUAUGGUCGAUGGUCUUAUGCGAUUGAUGGAGGGCGAUAACACAGGCCCAAUCAACAUCGGCAAUCCAGGCGAAUUCACCAUGUCUGAGCUUGCAGAAACUGUCAAGGAGAUGAUAAAUCCAGAAGUGAAAAUCAUAAGCGUGGAGAACACUCCGGACGAUCCACGUCAGCGAAAACCGGACAUAACAAAGGCAAAAGAAUUGCUAGGAUGGGAACCAAAGGUCAAAUUGCAACAAGGCAUUCCACUUAUGGAGGAAGAUUUCCGUAAAAGGCUCGGAAUUUUGAGGAAGAAUUGAAUUCUCUCGUCUUAACUAUCUUUAUUUCAAUUUUCACUUCCUUUUCCACAUGGAUUUUUUUUUUCUUUUCGAUUUCAAGAUUCCCUGUUUUUUUGGUGUGUUUAAUGUUGCGAAUUUUGUUUUCGAGGGUACCAUAAUGUUUUUGGUUUCUUGUUUUGUUCUUCUUUAUAAUCGGACGAACACGUCGUUUCAAUAAAAUCUUUACUUGG